UUCAACCAAUGAUAAAAGAGGUAGGUUUGUUACAUUUUUGCAAGUCAGAAAGAAGGCAAUUCUUCGAAAAAAAGGGAAGUCCAGUCAGGCAUCUCAGUAGAAGAGCCAAGCUUCGGCAUUGGUUUGGAAAGGUACUUAAUAAGGCGCUGAAAGAAGAUCUAAUAUGUCACUGGAACAGCCUCACUUGAGCCGCUCAGAACUUUUUGUACAGCUAAGAAAAGAGCUCUAUGAUGAUGAAGAGUUUCGACAGUCUGACACCCAUGUUUUUAUUAUAUUGGGUGCUUCGGGAGACCUAGCCAAGAAAAAGAUCUACCCAACAUUGUGGUGGUUGUUUAGGGAUGGCCUUCUCCCUGAAGAAACCUACUUUGUUGGGUUUGCCCGUUCCAAUCUGACAGUUGGAGACAUUAGGAAGCAGUGUUUGCCAUACCUUAAGGUAAGUGAAGAAGAGGAACAAAAAUUGGACCAGUUUUUUUCUCGUAACUAUUACCUGUCUGGAAAAUAUAAUGACCGUUCAGCUUUUGAGGCACUACAUGAGCUUAUCAACAAGCUUCCAAAUGCUGCCAGAGCCAACAGGCUGUUCUACUUGGCACUUCCUCCUAGUGUUUAUGAAGAUGUGACUCACAACAUCAAGGAGGCCUGCAUGAGUAAAAUGGGCUGGAGUCGUAUAAUUGUUGAAAAGCCAUUUGGAAAGGACCUAGAAAGCUCUAACAAACUAUCCAAUCACUUGUCUUCACUUUUUAAAGAGGAUCAGAUCUACCGAAUUGACCAUUAUCUUGGCAAGGAAAUGGUGCAGAAUCUCAUGGUUCUCAGGUUUGGAAACCGCAUUUUUGGCCCCAUUUGGAACCGGGAAAGUAUUGCCUGUGUGGUAUUGACCUUUAAAGAACCAUUUGGCACAGAGGGCAGAGGAGGUUACUUUGAUGAAUUUGGCAUUAUCAGAGAUGUAAUGCAGAAUCACUUGCUUCAGAUGCUUGCUUUGGUUGCAAUGGAGAAGCCAGCUUCCACAAGUUCCAAUGAUGUCAGAGAUGAGAAGGUAAAGGUUUUGAAAUGCAUUAAGGAGGUGAACGCAAAAGAUGUUGUUUUGGGUCAGUAUGUUGGCAAUCCUGAUGGUGAAGGAGAAGCUAAAAAAGGCUACCUUGAUGACCCAACUGUGCCUAAGGGCUCUCACACAGCCACCUUUGCUACUGCAGUACUGUAUGUGCAGAAUGAGCGCUGGGAUGGUGUGCCUUUUGUGCUACGUUGUGGUAAAGCACUUAAUGAAAGAAAAGCUGAAGUUCGUCUGCAGUUUUCUGAUGUUCCAGGAGAUAUUUUUGAACGACACUGCAAGCGCAAUGAGCUAGUAAUAAGGGUUCAACCUAACGAGGCUGUCUAUGCCAAAAUGAUGACUAAGAAGCCAGGGAUGUUCUUCAAUCCUGAGGAGUCAGAGCUUGACCUUACUUAUGGAAGCCGGUACAAGGAUGUAAAGUUGCCAGAUGCCUAUGAACGCCUCAUUUUGGAUGUCUUUUGUGGAAGUCAGAUGCAUUUUGUACGCAGUGAUGAAUUAAGAGAGGCAUGGCGAAUCUUCACUCCACUUCUCCAUGAAAUAGAAGCUGAAAAAAUAAAACCUAUCCCCUACAUGUAUGGCAGCCGUGGCCCACCAGAAGCUGAUGUGUUGCUCAAAAAAGUCGGAUUUCGUUAUGAGGGGACAUAUAAAUGGGUGAAUCCUCACAAGCUGUGAAUCUAUGUGAAGACUGACAAAAAAGGACCAAUGGCACAGAGCAAGAAAUCAAGCAGAGCAUACCCCAUGUUAGAUUCAAGAGAAAAGGCUCAGGUACACAGGCUGACCAAAUUCUUGAUCUUGAUUAAAAUUCAGUCAUUUAGCCUUCAGUUCAGACAUUCAUUUCUUUAGUUUAUUUAGAAUAAAUAUUAAACAUUUUAAAAACUUAUAUUAGUUUAGAGGCUUUAAGGAAUUCUGAAGAUGACGUUUGCAGGUUUUCCUUUUUCAACUUUUGCGUCCGUAUGUAACAGGCAAUUAGCAUUGCUGUAAAACUGCUGUGCUAUAGAUAAUGUGAUUUUUUUGGUUUAGGAAUCUUGGUGCUUGGCUCGUGCUAGAUUGAGAAGGAACAGGUUUCCAUGAUGAGCUCCAUUUCUGACUGGCCACCAAAUUUUCAGUUUUCCUCUACAUGUUUUCUAUUUUGCUGAUAUUAAACACAGCAAUUUUUUUUACAUCAUACCCAUUCUAGAUAUAAAAUACUAAUUUUUCCUGUAAAGUAUUGAAGGCUAAAAUACUACUGAAAAUGGGGUAGCAGGAGCUGUCAGUUAGCCUCCAUAGGUCCCUUGAAUACACUAGACAGAGUGUAGCGACCUGUUGAAUGAGUGAGUGAAGAACUGCAUUGAAUGUGUUUACUGGCUUUUCAUAAAGAUCCCAGCUUUAAAAAAGUGUGUGUGUGUGUGUGUGUGUGUAUAUAUAUAUAUAUAUAUAUAUAUAUAUAUAUAUAUAUAUAUAUAUAUAAUAUAUGGAAGAGAAGGUCUUUGAUACGGUUUGCAUAUUUGCAGCUGGAGAUCAACAAAGGGAGAAAAAAUUAAUCACGUAUCAUAAAGUAGUUUUUAUUCCAGAUUUAUCUGGCCACAGAAACACUAUUAAUGAGACUGGAAAGCAACCCCACCAUAGAGACAAGAACCAAACUGUCCAUUAAAGACAUAAUGCACCUAAUAUCACUUUGCCAAAAAACUCACUUUCAUUUCAACGGCAAAUACUACACUCAGAAAGAAGGCAUGCCAAUGGGAUCGCCGUUAUCAGGAUUUCUAGCGGAACUGGUAAUGCAGCGAUUUGAAAACAUGGUUCUAUCCCAGUUCACACCCAAAAGUUGGAUACGUUACGUAGACGACACAUUCGUUAAAGUAAAAAUAAACCAGCUGAAUGAAUUCUACAACCACAUCAACACAAUAUUCCCUGCAAUCCAAUUCACCAUGGAAAAAGAAAUGAACCGACACAUCAGCUUCCUGGACAUCUACAUCAAAAGAAAUAAUGACGCCACCCUGAGCACAAGUGUUUACUGUAAGGAAUGCUACACAGACAAGAUAUUAUACUUCACCAGCAACCACCCGAUACCUCAUAAAUGGAGCUGUGUUAAAAUUCUAUUCAGAAGAGUCCAUACCCAUUAUAAAACGAAGGAAACAAAAAUGAAUGAGAGACGCUAUCUCUUCCAUCUUUUCACUUCAAACAGAUACUCAAAAACAUUCAAUAAUCGGAGCUUACACAGAAGAUGCCAAAAAACUCAGCAAACAAUCGACUUGAAUCAGAAACCCCACCCCACUUGGCACUCACUCCCUUAUCACCACAAGGUGUCUGAAGGUACAGCGCGCAUCCUGGCCAAGUCAGGCGUCAGAAUAGCACACAAACCCACGAAUAAUUUGCGCACAAUCCUCUUUAAUGCUAAAAACAAGAAAUCGACAGCAGAAACACGAAACGCAGUUUAUAUCAUUCCAUGCAGUUCUUGCUCAGCAGUAUACAUAGGACAAACAUCAAAAAGAAUCACAACACGUAUACAGGAACAUCACAACGCCGUCAGAAGAAAGGACUCACUAUCAUUGAUCUAUACGCAUACUAAAUCAACAGGACAUACAUUUAACUGGGACAAUGUACAAGUAAAAUUCAAGGCCAGUACUAAAAGUGCCAGAGAGCUGGCCGAAUCCUGGUUAUCAAAUGAGAACGCCAUCAACAGACACUUGGACAUAAAUCCAGCAUAUGCAAACUUAAGAAUAACAUAUUCAUAAUAAACUUUACACCCAAUACGCCCACCCCUCCUGACCACACUGACAUAGCAACCUCCAACCACGUAAUUUUUUGCUAUAUAUUGCCUUUGAUUCUUGUAAGUUUAAGCAUUAUCCUCUGAUGAAGACCCCUGGCAGGGGUUGAAAGCUCAGGAAUAAAAACUACUUCAUGAUCCAUGAUUAAUUUUUUCUCCCUUUGUGGAUCUCCAGCUGCAAAUAAAUAAAUAAAUAUAUAUUAUGAAUACAAUUAAAAUGUUGUUAACAUUCAGAAAUUGCUGAAGUCUAUUAUCUUGUUAUGGUUCAUUUGGUUGAAAAUGUAAAUUACUAACGUUUUGCUAUAACAGGAUGAUUAAUGUGCUGUGCAGUACAUUUAAGAAAAUAUUUAAUUGAAAGUAUUUUUCUCGUUGCUUCAUCAUGGUGAAACUGUUAAGCUUUCUGGCAGCCAGACAGAAGAAUGCUGCAAUUCAGGUGGCUGUCACUGUAUCUACAAGGUAAAAAGGCAAUAUUUUUCACCAUUCCCUACUUUUUGUGUUCUGAAAUCAUGCUUUUGUCUGAAGCAUAACAUCACCAGAAGAAUAUAUUCUACUGUAAGUUCGACAAAAAAAAUCUCUUCCUGCACGAAGUGAACAGUUUUAAAAAAGAAUUCACAGUUCUAUAAAAUUGUAAAUAUAAAUAUAUAUAUUUGAUAAUAACAUUUUUGAUUCGUGUUUGUAUUUCCUAUAACACUUUGUCAGAUUGAGAAGCGUUUUUCCACAGGAUUUGUCUUAAACAUUUGAAUUAUUGUGGACCAAUGAGGGGUGUGAGCCAUCAUUUGAAUAAAAUUCUUUACUGAAGAAA